UGGGGCUGGGGGCCACUGCUCAGCCUCGCAGCUGGAUAGUAAAAAGCCCGAGGAUAAUUAGUUCAAACCCUCGUCGCAAUCCUUGAAAAGGGGACCUGGGGCCUUUGAGACGAAUACGCUCGGAGGUUUUAGAGUAACACCUACCGUAUCGGUACGAUCAUCCUUCCCUGUACUAUCGUCUUGUGCAAACAACUACAUGCCUGGCGGUACGACCCGAUCGGAUCUGCAGACGACAGGUCUGAGAGUCCGAAGAGCACACGCAAAAUCUAGGAAUGGCUGCUUCAGAUGCAAGCAGCAAAGAAAGAAGUGCGAUGAGUUGAGACCGAGCUGCUCUAGAUGUGCCAAGCACAGCUAUAGUUGUCGGUAUCAAGGUUCUGCAGGUGCUUCUUCAUCAUCGGAUGAACAUGACCUUCCAGUAAGGACAACUGGGACUCUGCAAGUCCCAACCCUGAGUCAUGGAUCUGCUUUUGCUGCCUCCGAAGGGCCAAUCACACCUACGGACGAUCGCCUCUCAAAUUCUAGCUCUUUGCAUUACGCUUCUUCUCAAACCUCUCCUCUUCCGUAUUCUCCACAUUCAAUCCGAUAUGAAGAUCCACAAUCAUCAGUUUCAAGAUCUCUAGGCUUUCUUGAUGCCAGAGACCUCGAUCUUUUGAGUCAUUACCUCACACACACUAGCAAAACCAUCCCCUUCGACGCUCUGGAUCUCUACGCUCUUUCUAUAGGAAUACCAAACCUCGCCUUUAAAAACGAGCCAGUCAUGUCGUCCCUAAUAGCUUUGGCAGCAGCGUGCAAGUCCCAUGAUAUUGUCAAUAAAUCUAAAGUACCCCUGGACAACCAGACCUUGUUUGAGGUUCAGGAACUUCUGGAACUUGCCGAGCGCCAUCACAGGGCUUCUCUUCAACAUAUCCAAGCCACCGUCUCUGACUCAAAUUGGUACGACGAAGUCCUUGCUAAUGCCGCGUUGAUGGUAUUAUACGCCUCGGCAAGUCACUCCAUCAGAGUAUAUCUCGCAGCCACAGCAAAACAAAAAGGCCAGCGGCUACCAGCUGAGCUGCUUCCACAACACUCACAGUGGAUCUCAUUCACACGUGCAGCACAUACAGCCUCCACCGCGAUUCUUAAAGAUGUCUUUGAUGCUUCGAAGGGAGUCCAUCAUGAUGGCAUUGAGACAACAUCUUCUAUACAAGACUUUCCGCAUAUAGAUUUGAGCAGCACGAAUGUCUUGUUGCCACAAAACGGCCCUUCCGAGGAAACAGAGCGCCUAUUUCUUCCUCUAGUCGUAUCCACGUAUAAUCGAGCUUUUGGAAGACUUUCGGAGAGAGCCGAUUCCAUAUCAGCUCAUGUUGGGAGAAUAGCGUCUUUCAACUCCGACCUUCGAGACCUUGACGUGUGUCUGAAAACUUUGCCUAUCCUCAGGAAAUGUGCAUCCGCUGCCCUGUCUCGAAAAGACAAAUGUGAAAGCGCCAAGGAUCUCGAGCAUGAAAUACCCCCAUUUGACGGAUCUCCCAAGGUCUCGCCCUGGGUUGCAAAAUACAUGAUUAGUGUGACAUCAAUGAAAGCACCCAGGGCACUCCGACGGACCGUAAUGUCCUUUUUGAACGAAGCUCCUUCCGAGUACCUCAACAUUAUCCAAUCAAUACUGGAUUUGCCAAUCACAGAGGCAAGUCCAACUGAGAAUGGGAUAGUGCGAGACUCGCCAAAGAUUGAAACCCCUCCGCUUGAUGCGACGCAACUUUUGGCCAUGGAUAUUUUCGCUCAUUGGCUGGUUUUAGUCAUGCUGUUAGACGGAGUGUGGUGGAUUGGUGGUAUUGGACAAUGGGAGUUGGGACAAGUAGUCUUCUUGAUGAAGACGCAGGAAUUCUUUCAUCAAGUGAGGGACGAUAAAGAGACGUGGUGGCCCCAGAGCAUGUAUAUGGUCAAGCUGGAAUUGGGCCCAUCAGUCUAGAAGUCUACCGGGAUUCCCCGCGGCCUUAUCU